GCAUGGGGAGAAGGCCAAAACACGGGGAGAAGGCAACAACUUGACGCGUAGAGCGUUGUCACGUUGUCUACGGCUCAUUGCGAGCGUUCAAAUCACUCGUUUAAGUAAGCCUGUUGCUUGUCUGCUGUGCACAACAACGCGGCUUUGUGAUCACGGCUCAGCAGUACUUCCGAGGGGAACUGUUGCAACGAGGUGUGUUCUCCGUGGCAACAGAGAGCCCUUGCAUGAGCUGCGGUUCCGUCUUCGGUGAACGACCGCCCAGCCAUGGAGAGCACGCUUCGCGAAGUGAUGGCCCGGCUCACCAACCAGCCAUCGGACACCGUGCGGCCGGCGUGCAAGAAGUGCGGCUACCCGGGCCAUUUCACGUACCAGUGCCGAAACUUCCUCAAGGUGAACCCGAACAAAGACAUCGUGCUUGACGUGAGCAGCACCAGCUCGGAGGAGGACAGCGAGGACGAGCAGUUCGUGUCGCCGCUGACGCAGCUCAACUUGGCGCGUGCCGCUGCGGCCGCCACUGCGGCGUCGGCAGACGCCGGUGCGAGCCGUCAGCGAUCUUCGUCUUCGCACGAAAAGGCGAAGAAGAAGAAAAAGAAGCACCACCAUCGGUCGCGGUCGUCUCGUCGGUCACCAUCACCGCAUCGGUCGCGAUCACCCCGUAGCAAAAGCGACGAUCGCAGCGGUCAGCGCAAGGGUCGUGACAACUGCCGCAAAAGCAAAAAGAGCGAGCGCAAGAGGAGGAAGCGCACCAGGAGCGACAAGCGGUCUCGCCGCAGGAGCAGCUCCAGCUCUACGGACAGCACUCGCUAAUGCUGGCGACGUGCGCAGAUCAAGAAAUGAGAUGCUGACGUUUUCAGAGCAAACUUGUUUGUGCAGCCAACACUGGGUUGUGGGAAAGCACUGGUGUUAACGUGAACCCGCCUGAAGUGAAGCGCAGCCGAUGACGGCAGAGGAGCUACCAGGUUUAAAAACUAGCAACCAGGCUCACUAGAAAUCAUUACUACAGAAACCUGCAGUGAGCUCGAGUACGACCUUUGUCUCACAGACUGAUUUUUUUUUUUGCCACUAUUGUUUAGUUGUGCUAAGACAAAGUUCGUUGUUGCUGGCCUGGCAGACGCUAGCAAGUAAUGGUGAGCAUUUAUUGCGCUGUAUUUUCUCACACAUUCAAAACUGGCUGUGUGGUUGGCCACUUCAUAAACCACCGUUUGAGAGUCAAAAACUGUUUUUGUCACUUUACCCUAUAUGUAAUGUGAUAUCUGCAGGUAAAACAUUCACCUUAUGAGUGCCUAUUAGCAACUUCAGACGUUGUAUGUGAAACCACUGAUGAGAGUGAUGAAUUGACGGAUCUUUAAAUUGUUCGAAUUGGACAUGUGCCACAUAUUUUCAAUGUGUAAACUGUUUUACUAGAAACAGACAUAAUACACACAUGAGCGAAGUUCACCAGAAGCCGACAUGAAGUGCUGAUGCUCACGAGUAUGCUGGCCCUGGGCGCUGCUAUAU